AUGGAAUCCAACAAUAAGAAGGGCAUUUUGGUACUUGUGUCUCUCUUCUUCUUUGCUCGUAUUAUCACUUCUUCUUCUGCAAAUAAAGAAGCUUCCCCAAUUCUUGAUGUUUCUUCUCUGAACCGAUCCUCUUUUCCAAAAGACUUCAUCUUUGGAACUGCUUCCUCAUCCUACCAGUAUGAAGGUGCAGCAAAGGAAGGAGGAAGAGGAGAGAGCAUAUGGGAUACCUUCACCCACAAAUAUCCAGAAAGGAUAAAAGAUAGAAGCAAUGGAGAUGUUGCAAUUGAUGAAUAUCACCACUACAAGGAUAUGAAUUUAGAUGCUUAUAGAUUCUCUAUCUCUUGGUCGAGAAUACUCCCAAAAGGAAAGCUUAGUGGAGGCAUAAAUCAAGAAGGAAUCAAAUAUUACAACAAUCUCAUUGAUGAGUUACUAUCAAAUGGUCUAAAACCAUUUGUAACUCUUUUUCAUUGGGAUCUUCCCCAGGCAUUGGAAGACGAGUAUGGUGGCUUCUUAAGUCCUAACAUUGUAGAUGAUUUUCGAGAUUAUGCUGAGGUUUGCUUUAAGGAAUUUGGAGAUAGAGUGAAACAUUGGAUAACAUUGAAUGAACCAUGGUCAUAUAGCCAAGGUGGGUAUGCAAGGGGUAUGUAUGCACCUGGGAGAUGUUCAAAAUGGGUGAAUCCAAAUUGUGGUGCUGGUGAUUCUGCUACUGAACCCUAUUUGGUUUCACAUUAUCAACUUCUUUCUCAUGCUUCUGCUGUGCAACUCUACAAGACAAAAUAUCAGGAAUCUCAAAAGGGUGUGAUAGGAAUAACUUUGGUGUCUAAUUGGUUUCUGCCAACUUCAAAUAGCACACUUGACCAAGAUGCUGCCCAGAGAGCAAUUGAUUUUAUGUUCGGAUGGUUUAUAGAACCAUUAACAAAAGGGGAUUAUCCUGAAAGCAUGAAAUCCUUAGUUGGGAGUAGAUUGCCUAAAUUCUCAGCAGAGGAAGUUAAAAUAGUCAAAGGUUCAUAUGAUUUUAUUGGGAUAAAUUAUUAUACCACUUACUAUGCUGCUUACUCACUUGACCUCACAAAUGCCAAACCCAAUUUCAUCACUGAUUCUCAUGCCAAUCUUACAAGUAAGCAAAUCUAUCUUUAUCUUGCUUCCAAAUGGUUAUAUGUAUAUCCAAAAGGAAUUCAACAACUAUUACUUUACACCAAGGAAAAAUAUAACAACCCUUUGAUUUAUAUCACUGAAAAUGGAGUAGAUGAGUUCAAUGAUCCAACACUAUCACUUGAAGAAGCUCUUAAUGAUACUUUUAGAAUUAAUUAUUAUCGUGAUCAUCUAUUUUAUGUCAACUCUGCAAUAAGGGAUGGCGUAAAUGUAAAAGGAUAUUUUGCAUGGUCAUUAUUUGACAACUUUGAAUGGAAUUCAGGAUACACAUCAAGAUUUGGAUCAAUUUUUGUGGAUUAUAACAAUGGUUCGAAAAGAUAUUAUAAACUGUCUGCAAAAUGGUUCAAGAACUUUCUCACAAAAUAUAAUACUAGACUUACAUUAACAUUACAAUUCUAG